AUGGACUCAUUUGGCACCGGCUACGACAGAACAACACCCAAGAUUGAUCAAUCGCCGUUUAAUCUCACGCACUCAGAGGCGGCAACCUCAUACGCUGGUUCUAUGGCCGAUCCAAAGGUGGCAUAUACCGACGACGACGGGAAAUCUGGCAUAUCUGCUCUUUCGGAGCAAUCUUCAGUGGUCGACGAGCGCCUCCUCAGGACCGUAGAAGGAAGAAAAUUUAAUACACUGACCGAAACGUAUUUUUUGCCUGCAGAUGAGGAUGAGUGGUCUCGCUUAAACAAACAACAUAUGGCCAUUGGACUAGGCCUCCAGGGGCUGUUUCCCAACGGAGACAUAGUGCGCGCAAUCCUACAAACCAAAGAUGGGGAAGGAAAAAGUAUUCUCGAUCUAGGGUGCGGGACUGGUGUCUGGUCUCUCGAAAUGGCAAAAGCCUAUCCUCGCGCUCGCGUUGUUGGCAUCGACCUUGCUCCCGUUCCAAUUGACCCAGAGACCAAGCCGCCAAACUGCACGUUUGAAAUUGACAACAUCAAUAAUGGUCUCACUCAUUUCGACAAGCAAUUCGAUGUCAUUAAUGCGAGGUUGAUUGGUUUCGGAUUGCAGAAUUUUCGCAAGUCAAUGGUCGACGUUGCCAGGUGUUUGAAGCCUGGGGGGAUCGUCAUUUGGUUGGACGGGGACUAUGACCUAUAUUGGGGUUAUCCACCCAAAUAUAUGCCUCCAUACUCGGAGGCCUAUCCCGAAGGUUCAGGUCUUCAACGGAUCUUCUACGAAACUAGACGUGCGGCCACAGCCAAAGGGAGUGACAUAUUUGGGAUGUCUCUUGCGUUGGAUGAAGGACUAUGGCAACAAAGUGACAUUCUGGAUCCUGCUACGUGCCAAACCGCCAGUCUACUCCUCCCUAUGGGUGAAUGGAUGAAGAGUGACGAUAUCAACGAGGCACAGCUGUUAGGCUUUGUUGGCAAGUUGAUGCGUCAAGAUAUUAUGGCAGCGCACAAGGGCGCUCAGCCCGUUCUUCUCAAAGCGGGAUGGCCUCAAACCGUGCUUGACGAAUGGUCUUCCAAAGCUGAUGAUGAAAUUACAAACGGCAAGGUUUCGAUUCGAAUGAGGCUGGCUUGGGGACGUCGUCGAGGAGAUUCUGGACAACCAGCUCCCGCGCUCGAACCAAUUCCGGUAGACGACUCGGAAAGGCCACAGGUCAAGUAUCCACACUACGAGAUUUACCAAACAAAGGAGCAAUCUCUCGCCGCUGUGGAGAAAAGAAAGGCCGGAAAGAACAUCACCCCGCCUCCGUUCCCUCCCUCGCCCUAG